AUGGAAAAAGCUUCAGACCAAGAAAAGUGGCAAGCCAAAGUGUCAGUUACACUCACAAAAACAAACCCUAACCAAAUCUGGCUUCUCUUCACCGAUUUCUUCAACUUCAACAAGUGGCUUCCAACGCUCGCCACUUGUCACGGCGUCCACGGCACCAACGGUGAACCUGGCUGUAUCAGAUUUUGUUCCGGCUCCUCCAUAAGAUCCAACGGUGUAGAUUCCGCCGCGGGAUGGUCCAAGGAGAAGCUGGUGGCCGUUGAUCCCGUGGAGCGAGUGAUGAGUUACGAGAUAGUGGAGAGUAACAUUGGAUUCGAGUCUUACGUCUCAACAGUGAGGAUAUUGCCACGAGGCGAAGAUGAAGGUUGUGUGAUUGAGUGGAGUUUCACCGUUAAUCCCGUUGGAGGAUGGUCUUUAGAUGAUCUGGUGAAGAAGUAUGAGAAAGCACUUGGAAUAAUCGCCAAGAACAUGGAAGACGCAUUGACAAGAUCAAGAGAGUGA